AUGUUUGAUCCAAGAACUGAACUUUCUAACACAAAUGACAGUUAUGACCGUUGGGGGGAUAUUAAUCACAGUGCCAGAGCCCGAAAAACUGCUCCAAACUAUGAGAAUUAUGGGAAUUGGAAUGGUGGUGGGGUUAAUCUUAGGCCUCAGAAUAUGGCUGAUGAGUCUGGUGUUUGUUCACCACCUUUGUGGAACACUAGUCCACCUAGAAGCCCGGUCCAUCAGCGGCCUCACCACAACAAUUAUCGGUAUCUCUCUCCUGCAUCAAGAACUCAAGCAAUUGCCAGAGGCCAGUGGGAGCUUAUGGAGAUGGUCAAGAAAAUGCCAGAGUCAAGUUAUGAGCUCACUUUGAGAGAUCUUGUUGUGCAGCCUAGAGCAGAACCUCAAGAAGACUGUUUGGUUCAAAAGAAAAUUUUUGGUGAUGAAGUUGGAGUGAAGGAUCGUGACAUACACGGAAGAAUAUAUCUGAAUGAGCAGGGGAUAAAUGCGCAGUACAGUGGGCCAUCAAAAGAUGCUUUUGCAUAUGUUAAAUGGUUGAAAGAAGACCAUAGGUUUUCUGGGAUAUUGUUCCAAGUUUCUGUUGCUUCGAAGGGGCAUGCAUUUCCAAGAUUGAAGCUACGAUAUAAGCCCUCACUGGUACAGUUGGAAGGAGGGAUUUCACAUCUUCCUUUGCUUGACCCGUCAAUGCGAGCCACACCUCUCACCCCAUCUCAAUGGAGGAAUAGAUUGGAAUCAGUAAAUAAGUUGGACAAUGCAUCAGAUCUCACCACAAAGAGUGUUCUACUUGAUGUGAGAAACGGUUAUGAAUGGGAUGUUGGCCACUUUCGUGGGGCUCAACGGCCUGAUGUGGGAUGCUUUCGAAGCACUUCAUUUGGACUGUCCAAAUCAGAGGUCAUUGCUUCAGAUCCUUUAGCUGGUGUUGACAAAGAGAGAACGGAUAUAUUGAUGUACUGUACUGGAGGUAUCCGUUGCGAUGUAUAUUCAGCAAUCCUUAGGUAG